GUUGACAAACCGCCAACGCUGCAGCCGUGAGUGACGCUGGCGGCCAGCACGAGGACUCGCCUGCUACAGUGACUUUGGUGGAUAUUGUGCAUGGCAGUGGAGUGGAGCUAGAGAGGACAGUGUGAGGAGCGGCGCGCAGCUUUUGAGGUAGAAUGCUGCUGAUGGAGAAGAUGUUGCCUCACCUCGGCUACGUGCAACCCACAUUCCACGUGCUGAGCCAGCUAGCACGCCCCGUGCCGCUGCCCCUGGGCCAGCAGCUUCCCCCGCUGCCCCCACUCUCACCCUUCUCCAACCACAACGGCCUCAAGCUGGGCGGCAUGCCACCCAACACCCACGAGGGCGGCCCACACCCUCUUUCCUUCUCCGUGCUGGGACGCGGCAGCGGCGGCGGUUUCCUCGAUCGCACGGGGGGAGACCCGAGCGGCGGCCUGCCGCCCGGCCUGCCUUCACCCUACGACCGCGACGACGAGAAAGUUUCCUGGUUCCGGGUUCUCAAAGACUUGGACGACGCCGACGGUGACGCGGCGGCCAAGCGGCGACGGUCGAGGACCAACUUCAACUCUUGGCAGCUGGAGGAGCUGGCGAGGGAGGCUCUGGCCAUGAGGCUUGGACUAACGGAGAGAGAGUCGCCGAUCCGUGUGUGGUUCCAGAACCGCCGAGCAAAAUGGCGUAAGAAGGAACAGACGAGGAAGGGACCGGGGCGCCCCGCCCACAACGCCCACCCACAGUCCUGCUCCGGGGAGCCCAUCCCUCCUGACGAACUGGAGCGCCGGGAACGACUCCGUCGGGAGAAGAAAAUGCUGAAGCAGCUGGAGCGUCAACAACGUAAGUUGGCUCUCAAGGGCGUCCACGUGACCCUCGAGCAGCUGCGACGCGAGUACGAGAACCAGCACAAGCCGGAGCCCGAGAUCGAUGUGGUGGGUGACUGUUCUGACUCAGAGGACACGCGGGACUUCGAAGAGACAGCGGCCCCAGACUCCUCUUCUUCGCAGGAGCCUCCUACUCCUACACCCACGUCCUCCUCACCCAAGAGUCCUGCCACACCCCCACCCAAGCGUCCUCGACCCUCAACUUUCUCCAUUGCUUCUCUUCUGUCGCUGUCUGAGCCCUCAGACCCGCCGCUCAUCACACAGGAACACGUCACCGAGACCUUAGAGACCGGAGACGUGGCCGCCACCACCACCUCCUCGCCCACCUCCCACACUACCAUCUCGUCUUCAGUAGUGUCCUCCCCGCUCAUGUCUCAGGACCUCCUCACCAGCCGGGAGACGGAGGCCAUCUCACAGCUUCCCUCCCUCUCUUUUCUCCCGUCCUCCAUCAGCAUCAGCGUCCGGAGACACACGCCCCCGCCAGACGACCACUAGCUGCCACUCGGUCAUCGUCGCCCACCACGUCAGCACACCUGUCAGCAGAGGUGGCAGGGUGAGGGCUGACCUGCAGAAGAAGGAGUCCGUAAAGUCAGGUGUGACGUCCUUACUGAGGGGACCACCUGGAGGUUAACGGGUCUGACUGACUAGAGCUUUAGUAUGCUUGUGAACGUCGCUGUGUACAUAGCCGGGAAGACAACGUGUAGCUUAUUCCCAAAGCCGUGUGAUAUUAACUCUGUAAAAUAAAAUAGUAUACGUUGGUGUUCGUCCUGACGAUCCGCGACCAAUGGCGGACGGGUACAGAAGCCAGUGGAGGUACGGUACAGUAGAGUGACAGUGGACGGUACAGUACAGUAUAGUGACAGUGGACGGUACAGUACAGUAUAGUGACAGUGGACGGUACAGUAUAGUAUAGUGACAGUCUCCACCUCUCUCUAACACUUCAUACUUAGCUGCUAAGAUUCAUGCUCUUAUUUAUUCGUGUCAUAUUUCAUCGUGAUUAGAUAUAUUUAUGUCUCCUGUGUGUAUUAUUGUAUAAUGUAUACGUAGAGAACAUGUGUAAAUAUAUAAUACAGUUA